CAGAGUCUUAGGUCACCUGCCAAGUGUUUGUGUAGCAGUGAAAGGCUGAGUACAAGACUUCCUCUCACAGUCUUCACAUCAGCCCUGCGCUUUCUCUGCUUCAUAUUACUUGCACUACCUGGAUAGUUCAGCCUAUAAUGCAUGGAAGCCUCCUCCACCCUCCACAUCAGAAGGGGCUCAUCAUAACCUGCCUGACAGCUUCUGUGCAGGUGCCUGGGGCAUUGUUGUGGUAGGUGCAACCUGUAAAGAAGUGUGUAUGGCAACCAGCAGCUGAAAAGUCAGAGAGUGAAGAUUUACGCUACACAAGGGCUGAGCCAGCGCUGACAAAAGAACAGUCUGAGAGGGGACGUUGACAGCUGAGUUUAAGUCCCAAGACACAGGACUGCGCUUACUGAUAAGUAGCCUUCUGCUGAUCCGCAGAUAGACUCUCUGCCUUGGAACUUGAAGCAGGAAUGUGGAAGAAUGAUGCCCUUUAAAUUCUCCGCCAUAGAGUACCUGUCUGGAAUUGGUUACCAAAAAGAUGACUGCUGGAGACACCUUUAUAGUAUAACUGAUCCUGCUUCCACUGAGCUAGACAUAGGGCAGGUCAGAUUGUCCACUGGAGAGGAUGCUACUUGUGUUUCUGUUGCCUAGAAGCUUGCAAUCUUUGCCAUCACUCUAUUCUAUUGACUUAUUUUGAACGACCAGCGUGGAAAUCAAUUGUAUUGUAAUUAGGUGUCUGAGAUCAGAGGGAGAGCUGAACGAUUGCUAGUACCUUCCAGUGUCUGCCUAAUGGUUCUCAUUACUGAAUUGCUCUCUCUAGUCUCCAUUCCACACAAGAUUUUGCCUUUAUGUGGUAUGAGACAUAGGAACAAGAUGCAUUUCUUCAGGAGUUACUCCUAUGAGAUCCAAGUGGACAACAGAUCUAAGGACUUUGCCAGCAGCAUCCAGGGCAUCCGAUGGACUCCACUUACUGACACCGAAUCUCGGGAGGAGUACAGCCAAACAGUGAAGCAGGUGGUGUCACAGAAAAUUUGGAGAGCAGCAAAAGUUUUGCAAAUGUACUUGCUUAACAUGUCACCGACUCUGAUGCGUGACAGAAAACACCACUUUCGGAAUCACAGGCAGUGCUGCUCAGGAAAGGACCUUGUGGACUGGCUCAUUACCAUCAGCUCGGGCCUCCAGUCACGUGCCCAGGCUGUGGGCAUAUGGCAGGUGCUGCUGGACGAAGGGGCCCUUGUACAUGUGAGACAGGAACAGAACUUCCAAGACAAAGAUUCCCAGUUUUACAGAUUCUUUAAAGUGGAUCAGUUCCUAGAGCCAACACUAGGUGACCGAGAUACAGAUGAUGAACUUCAGGAGUCUCUGGUGUUCCUGGCACAGCUCGGGCCGGCAGCAUUGCUCACAAUGAUUCUUCGGAAGCCCCCAUAUCAGCGUACAGAAGAAGAGCUGGAGGUCAUCUUUGAAGAGCUAUUACAUAUUAAAGCAGUCUCCCACCUUUCCAGUUCGGUAAAAAAAGAAAUAGCAUCUGUAUUAGUUUUUGAAUCUCAUGCCAAGGCAGGAACAGUGUUAUUUAGCCAGGGUGAUAUAGGUACUUCAUGGUACGUAAUAUGGAAGGGAUCAGUGAAUGUGGUUACCCAUGCCGGGGGUGUGGUCGCAACACUUCAUGAAGGGGAUGAGUUUGGGAAUCUAGCUAUAGUGAAUGAUUCUCCAAGGGCUGCUACCAUUGUUUCUCGAGAAGAUAACUGCCACUUUCUAAGAGUGAGCAAGCAAGACUUCAUUCGCAUACUUCGGGAUGUUGAAGCUAACACCGUACGUCUAAAGGAACAUGGAAAGGUGGUAUUGGUGCUGGAAAAAAAUCCACAAUCAUCCGGCAACAAUUUACAAACAACAGAACCCGGAAGUCACAAGUACACAGUUAUGUCUGGUACAGCUGACAAAAUUCUGGAACAUUUGCUUGAAACUAUGAGGUUGGAUUCAACACUCAAUAAUUCUGAAGACACCUUUGCUGGUGAUUUCCUCCUGACUCAUUGCAUAUUCAUGCCAACUGCUCAGUUCUGCCAAGCAUUGCUCCAUCAAUUUAACAUGGAGCCAUCAUCAGUGAAUGAACCUGAGAAGGCCACAUACUCCUUUUACAAGAAGCAGAACAUUGUACGGCUUGUCAACCUCUGGGUAGAGCUUUAUGGUCAGUUGCUAGAGGCUGAGCCAUAUGCUAAAAUCUUUCUGGAGAAACUCUCAGAACACAUCAGUAGAGACGCUCGUUUACUUACCUGUUUGAAGGAAAACCUCCAGGAGAGACGGAAGAACAAAACACUAGAGAUCAGCAAUGGAAACGUAUCUCCUCAAAUAAAGGUUUACAACUAUGGGAACCUUCUUUCCACAGUAGAUGAUGACCACUCCUGUAACUCGUAUACUAUUCGAGUCCAAGACAAAGUGCCCUAUGACAUAUAUCUGCCAAAUCAUUCUUGUGUGACCACUAUGUUUGCUGUAAAUGCAACUGUACAGGAAGUGCUAUUAACCCUGGCCACAAAGACUGCCUGUAGCAAAGAUCAAGUCCUGGUGAAAGUCAACUCAACGGGAGAAAAAGUAUGUCUAAAAUAUGAGGACACUGGAGUAUUCACAUCUCUGGGUUUGAAUGAGAGACUCUUUGUCUGUAGUGUUCAAGAGUUGACAACACUGACUCCUCUUCCUGAGCAAAUGGGCCCAAACAGCAGUAGCUACGAUAUGUUGGAUCUCAUCAGUUCAAAAGACCUGGCUCAACAGAUGACAGAAAAUGACUGGAACCUGUUUAAGAGCAUCCACCAGGUGGAGCUGCUGUUUAAUACAUAUGGGAAGCAGAAGUUCCGUAACUCAACAACUGCUAAUCUAGAGCGGUUCAUAAGGAGGUUUAAUGAAGUCCAGUUUUGGGUGGCAACUGAAGUGUGUCUGUGCCAAGAUGAAGAAAGGAGGGCACUGCUUCUACGCAAGUUCAUCAAGUUGGCAGCAUACCUCAAGGAGCAGAAAAAUCUGAAUUCUUUCUUUGCUGUCAUGUUUGGUCUCAGUAACACAGCAGUUAGCCGCUUGUCCAAGACUUGGCAGCGACUGCCACACAAAACACGGAAGUUAUACUCCAUCUUUGAAAGGUUGAUGGAUCCUUCUUGGAAUCACAGAUCUUAUAGACUGGCUGUGGCCAAACUCAGUCCGCCUCUCAUUCCAUUUCUUCCACUUAUCUUAAAAGACCUAACCUUCAUCCAUGAUGGAAAUAAAAAUACUGUGGACAACCUUGUAAAUUUUGAAAAAAUGCGCAUGAUUGCAAAGACCAUACGGAUAUUUCACAGUUAUCGAAGCCAGACCUACAUUCCUCUGUCGCCACUUCGAUCUCGGUCUCUUCAUCUCCUUGAGGAUGCUGCUGCAGUCCGGAUGUCUACAUGUUCAGAAUAUUCAGUGAACUUUAGAAGUCCAGCAGCUACAUGGGCUUAUAUCCAGCGCAUGAAGGUCAUUGACAAUCAGAAGCGGUUAUUGGAGCUGUCCCGCAGCCUUGAACCAUCCUGAAAUAUUGGAAGUGUUCUGUGGAGUCUGUAGAGAUGCACUUGGAUACAGGCUUCCUCCAAUCAGUUUCUUUGUAAUCCCUGUAUCAGGGACUCAGGUCAUUGUUGGCCUUUAGCCAGUCCAACAUUUGGACUCUAUGCUUUUGGAACAAGCAUACUGAAGAAUAUCCAUAUUUAAGCCGAAGCGCUAUCUCAUCUUCUGAUGAUGGAUGUUACAAGCUUAUUGACAUUGUGACUUACCUUCACAUUACUGUGGGACCUAUAGUGUCAAAUAUUGGACAGCUUUCUCGCUCAUGUAAAAUGCUUUGCAGUGGCCAUAAUAUAUAGAGACUUUAUUAUAUGCCAUCUAAUACUGUGCCAAAGGAUCGCCUGGAUCAAUAUAGAAAAUACUUAAAUGGAUAAUGAUAAAAUGAACAGACUGCGGGAUACCUAUGAACACCUAUACCUAUGGAUAUCGGUAGGAGUGAUCGGUCAGUACAGCUAUUGGUCCUAAACAAAAAUAAAAUGUAUAAAAAAAAUAAAAGCUUGUUCAACCGUUCCAAUUUGUUCUACCAGGAAGGCUUGUUAUAUGAACAGGCAUGAAAAAGUAGCAACUAAUAAAGUGCUAUUAAUAUAAAGCAUUCA